AUGGCCAAAGAAAUCGAGAGAAUGAGAGACCUCGGCGGGACAAGGGGGAUUGAUGCUGUCAUUGACACCCACAAGGCCGACGCGAUUGUAUUCCCAUCAGUAUGCUCCUCGGAUGUACCCGGCCUUGUUGGGUACCCGGUUGUUUGUGUGCCGCUGGGGUUUUUACCCGAGGGGACAGAGGUGGAGAGGAAUACAAAGGGGAGAUUUGGUGGAGCAAGCGCCUGGCAUACCUUCAUUGGGAAGCCGUUCACCGAGGAGAAGUUGAUUGAGCUGGCGUAUGCUUUCGAGCAACAUACUCAGAUUGGGAGGCAAAGGAAGCCGGUGGUGGUGCCCGUUGCUGAUAUUUGUGAUAUUUUGCGAGAGAGGAGGGUUGUGUGGAGGGUUUGGGGUAAACUACGGGAAUGGUUUGUGAUAUGAGUGGCUCAGGGAAACAUUUGGGUUGGAAGGGGGAGGGGGGG